AUUGUUCUCGCGCCGCCAGGCGCAGUUCGUCGGAUCCUGCCAGUCUUUUGCUACAAAGGCCGAGAGCUCCGGCCGUCUCUCUUCCGUGAACACAGUCAGUGGGGUUGGCCGGGGUGGGCACGGACGUCGCAGGUGCGGGAGAGGCCAUCCCGGGGGCGGACUGCCGCGACCUCCCUUCGGGGUCCCAGCGUUGUCUGUCCCUAGGGCGGCUCCGCGUCCCACCACUUUAGAAACACGGCUGCCGCCUGCUGGGGGUCUGGACACGGACCUUGGACACGGACAGCACCAGGGGCCAGGCUCGCCACGGAAACAGGGCUGUUUGAGUAGACAGCCUUCAUCUUGGCCCUGGGAAGAAAUUCGGAAAGAAGUUUUUGAAACUUAAAGAUUAGAUGGGGCUUGACCUCUGCUGGGCAGCCCCCAGCUAUAAGAGUUCCUGUCCUGAGCAAAGAAGAUGAGUGCAAAACCAAGAGAGGCCAUGGCCUUAGCUCCCUGGGGCUCAUUGACAGUGAAAAAGGAGGAGGAAGAGGAAGAAAACUUCAUGGGUCAGGCAUCCAGCCAACAAGUACACUCUGAGAACAUAAAAAUCUGGGCUUCUGGGGAAGGUCCUCAGACAGGCCUUGAUACAUCAGAACAGGAGAAAAAGGGUCCAAACAUGUUUUGGGACAUGGCUGUCAUCCUGAAAGCAACACAGGAGGCACCUGCUACCUCAGCCAUUGGCAGCUACUCAUUACCAGGGACUCUGGCCAAGAGUGAGAUACUGGAGACUCAUGGGAUCAUGACCUCUUUAGGUGCGGAAACCAAGAACCCACAGUUAUUGGUUCCAAAAACUGAGAUAUGUGAUGAAGCAGAAAAACCAUUCAUAAAGUCAGGAAGAAUCCAGAAAGUUAAUCCUCAAGGACCUGAGUUAGGAGAAGCCUGUGAAAAAGGGAACAUGUUAAAGAGGCAGAGAAUUAAGAGGGAAAAGAAAGAUUUCAGACAUGUGACAGUGAAGGACUGUCAUGUACCUGAAAGCUUCAAAGUAGAGGAAGAUCAGAAAUGUCAGAAAUCUGGGGAAAGAUACAGUCUUAGUUGUAGCUCUUUAAAAAAUCAGAAGAGCCAGCCUGGACAGAAACCUUUUACAUGUAGUGUGUGUGGGAAAGGCUUUAGUCAGAGUGCAAACCUCGUAGUGCAUCAGCGAAUCCACACAGGGGAGAAGCCCUUCGAAUGUCAUGAGUGUGGGAAAGCCUUCAUUCAGAGUGCAAACCUUGUUGUGCAUCAGCGAAUCCAUACUGGACAGAAACCAUAUGUUUGUUCAAAAUGUGGGAAAGCCUUCACUCAGAGUUCAAAUCUGACCGUACAUCAAAAAAUCCACUCCUUAGAAAAAACCUUUAAGUGCAGUGAAUGUGAAAAAGCCUUCAGUUAUAGCUCACAACUUGCUCGGCACCAGAAAGUUCACAUUACAGAAAAAUGCUAUGAAUGUAAUGAGUGUGGGAAAACAUUUACUCGGAGCUCAAACCUCAUUGUCCACCAGAGGAUCCACACUGGGGAGAAGCCCUUUGCCUGUAAUGAUUGUGGCAAAGCCUUCACCCAGAGUGCAAAUCUUAUUGUACAUCAACGAAGCCAUACUGGUGAAAAGCCAUAUGAGUGUAAAGAGUGUGGAAAAGCCUUUAGUUGUUUUUCACACCUUAUUGUGCACCAGAGAAUUCACACUGCGGAGAAACCUUAUGAUUGCAGUGAGUGUGGAAAAGCCUUUAGUCAGCUGUCUUGCCUUAUUGUGCAUCAGAGGAUUCACAGUGGAGAUCUUCCUUAUGUGUGUAAUGAGUGUGGGAAGGCCUUCACGUGUAGCUCAUACCUGCUUAUUCAUCAGAGAAUUCAUAAUGGGGAAAAACCUUACACAUGCAAUGACUGUGGCAAGGCCUUCCGGCAGAGGUCAAGCCUCACUGUGCACCAGAGAACCCACACUGGGGAGAAGCCCUAUGAGUGUGCCAAGUGUGGUGCAGCUUUCAUUUCUAACUCACACCUCAUGCGACACCACAGAACCCAUCUUGUUGAGUAAUAAGUACUUGUUACUCCAGGCAUUGAUCAUAAUCCACUACACCCUAAUUGGACACGUUUUUGCUGUUUUGUUCCUCUUAAAAAUGAGACCCACCAUGUUCUUAAAAGUAACAGUAUUCAAGAAUGUAUCACAGAAGCAUUUCAGAGGCUGACAAAAAACAUGGAAGCUAAGCCCCUAAAGGCAAGGACUCUUUUUUAACUGUACCAGCAUUGGUCAUGUUUGAAACGGAACGUGGCUUUCUUAGAAAUGGGUCAUACAACCCUAAGUGAUAAAGAUCCUAUUUGAGGAAAGGUAUUUUAACUUAAUCUUGUUUUUUAAAACUCUUAGUUUCUUGAGCAACGGGCAGGUUAUUGCUAUAGGGCUGCGUGGUGGGAUUCUGAACUUUGAAUCUUGUAUUCUAGUAUUUUGGGUUAGGAAGCAGUGAUUAGUUAAGGAGACUGCAUGGGGUAGCAAUUCACCAACAAUUCACCUGUGAACAUUUAUAAGCUUUCCAUUCCUUAGGCAAUUUAAACAUUAAAAGAAAGAAAACCAAAACAUUAACUAUCUGUUGCUCCUAAAAUGGAUAGAAGUAGGAAACAACUGUUUCUCUUAAUCGUAUAUACCUCAUGAACCUUAUUAUGGUAAAGCUCUAGGGACAUCUCAUGAGUCUUCCAUUCUGCCGUCUAUGUGGCCAAGCACUUGAGGAUUGUUGGAGAAAAAGCACAGGGCCCACAAAUACUGCCAGGCAGUAUUCAUUUGCUAACAUCAACAACUCUCCCAAGUGACCCUGACUUCAUUGCAUUCCAUCAUAGUGAGAUACCUCUAAUAGUCCCCUACCCAAAUGGAGGAGUCAAAGAAUAAAGCUUGCAGAGAGGCAUGCCAAUAUUACCUAUGCUUGUUCUGCUCAGACCCAGCCAAGGGUCUCAGUUUGAGUGUCAUUCUCACUUUUUGGCUGGUCUUGAGAAGAAAUAAUGGAGUCCUAAUUUUGAGAGGACCAAAGAGGGAAAUACAGGAAGAGGGAGGAGGCAGAGUGGGACUCCUAAGGUCCUUACUUUUUUGAGAAGUUCAAAGGUAUUGGAAUGUGAAAACUUAGAAAGAUGAAGAAACUGGCUAAGGUAAGAUAAACUUUUGUUACCAUUGAGCCUUUAUUCCUGGAAAAAAUGAUUUAUAAAACUAUGCAAUAGGUAGAGCUAUAUAAUAUUGCCUUGUAUUUAAUAUAGAACUUAAUUCUUUGUUAUAUACCUUCAUGUAUAGAAUCAAAGUCCCCCAAUUCUUCUUACACUUUCACAUAGAUCCUUAGAACACUGAAAGAAGUGUUUGCCCCAUUUAGCUGAAAGUGGUCAAACAACAAAGAACAGCCUACGUUCAAAUCCAGGAUUUAAAUCCGGGUUCUCUGUUCUGCUGUGCUGUGUCUAACGACCUGUAAUUCGCACUCAGAUCUGCCGAGAGAAAGAGGUAUAUGGUCUCUUUCAGGUGAGGAAACUUAGGUGACAGAUUUUCGGAUGUGCCUUGGGCAGUGUGACUAGUAAGCAGCAAAUCUGAGACUGGAAUUUGAGUCUCCCCAAGUUCUGGGUCUGUCUCUUCAUCCUGCUGGGCAAAAGCAUAUAAAAAAGCCCUACCUGGUAAUAAGCUAUCUGGUGCAACUCUCAUGUAGAAGUCCCACCAUUGGGACUCUUGCUGGCGCAUUUGUUUUAUAUUUUACAGAGCACUUUCAUGUACAGACGGCAUAAACAAGAAAGCAUAUUUCCUCUUUCUCCCCUUCAACCAUGGUCUUUCAUUCAAGCAUGUGCAUCACUGCACUCUAAAAUCAUACAGACAAUUCUAAGAAAUUAAUAGGAUUCAAAAGAGAAUCAAAAAGGCUCAUGCAUUCGCUGACCUUGAAGGUAACUGUUCCUGUCCCCCACCUGGGAGUGGAGAGAUCCAAAGAUAAUACCAUGUAUCUGCUGAGGAACGAGCUUGGGUUUUUCCCCCCCUGCAGGAUUAGGAAGCCCAGAAGAGAGGGAGAGCAGGUCUGAAGGUUGGGAAUAAAUCUGUGACAUGGACCUGUCAAAAGACCCAAAGUGCACUUUCCUGAAAGAUACCAACCAGGUUAGGAUCCUUAGGACAGCUAAAUUGUUUUAGGGUAACAUUGUAUGUUCAUCCUCCUAUUUGAAUGCUUGUCAUUCCUAUUUGAAUGAUUGUGAUUUCCUGGCUAAAGAUUGUUGUUCAUAGGCAGUUCAAAAAGGCCAUGCAGGUGAUUGUGAUGUAAAGCUAGAUUUGGGCAUCACUGACUCAGCCUUGUAGUGUAACAGUGGUAUUCACUUGACUGCAUGUAAAAAUCACCUAGUGUACUUAAAAAAAAUUUUUUUUUAUUCUCAGGGUCAAGUUAUUUGUUUGUUUUUUUCCCCCUCAAUUUUGGAGGGGAACCCAGUGUGUAACCAAGAUAAGGGACACUUCAGUCGAAUAAAUUCUGCAGGCCACAAAUGCAUGUGAUCAAAGGUGGAGUGGGGAAGCUCUAGUAUAAAGAUGUAGAUGUGCAGAGUGCUUUGUGUGGUUUCAGCAAAACAGAAUGCUAACAACCUUGGCUGCAUUGGAUGUCCUGUACCUUGGCUGUAAGGAUUGUGUGCCCUAACUUUAUUUGUAUUUUAGGUGAAUAUACCAAAUAUUUAUAUGAGCAAACCAAGUUUUACACAACAUACUUUCAUAUUCCCCAUUCAACAAAAUUACUUUUUACAUUUCUACUGUAUUUCAUUUCCAGGUCUUUAUUUCCACAAACCUGCACCCCGGUUCAGGACUCCAAUCCUACACAAAUCAUGUGAGCCUAGUGGAUUACCAGGCCAGAUCCUUCCUUACUCAGCUAACAAAUCUUACUUCCAAUUCAUUUCUAGCCCUCAAAAAAGCCCUCCUUUUUUGGUGGUUUUGGGUAGAUGAGAAGUGACUACUCUUAGUUGUCACUGUUGGCUUAGGUUUUCCUUUUCCUAGAGGUCAACUCCGUUCUCCCUUGGCUGUUAUUUCUAGAAGCAAGUUGGGAACUCAAGCCCUGUUAAGUUACCAAGAGCUAUCAGAGCCAGGACAAUUGAUGGGUAUUAAGAAUAGAGCCAAGAAGUCUCAAGUGGGUGCAACAGUUAUGUAUUAAGGGGAGCACAGUGAUGUCAAAGUGAUAAUAAAAUCUUGUACUUUGGGGAGCAUGGGAGAGGAUCAUCAUUAACAUACAUACACUCACACCCCUCAAUUGCCCAUGGAUUCCUCCAAGCUCAGGACGAAGUUUUUGGGCAAAGCUAAUCUAUGUUCUGGGUCCCUUCUCUCCCUUGCCUAGGCAAUCUGGUGUCCUUUCACAUCUGUCACUGUGCUUGCUCCUCCAUCCAGUGUUCUCAAUCUUUCUGGGCUCACAGCCCCUUUGAGGAUCUAAUGGAAGUUGUAAAGCCUCUUCCAAAGAAAUGCAGAUAGCACAUUCAGUUUUUUGUUCAUUUGUGGAAGCAUAUCGUUUCACUGAGGCCAGUUAUUGAAUUCUCUAGGGCCUAAAGUCACACCUGGGGAUUGUACUACAUAAUUGCCAGAGGCAUUAAAAAAAAAAUGAGGUCUAGAAGCUCUGGAUGUUGCCCCAAAACAACCUUUUAUAUCUUUCUUUUCCUGGAUUCCCUCCUUAAACAAAUUACAGCAUUAUCCUGCACCCAAACUGGAAAAUCCAGGACGUAUUUCUGGCUUUCUGUGUAUCAUUCUUUUGCUACAACAGUACUUUUCACUCUGUGGCAAACAUGGUGCUAGUUCCUGGAGUCCAAAGGCAAACAAGGCCUACCAAAUCCUUCUAAUGUUUCAUAGGAAGCCUCUCUGGACCCUUUAACAUGAUUUACUAAGGUCUUCACAGUUUCUUUCCAACCUUAUCUUUCCACUUUCCAUGUACUUUUUACUGUAGACUGGAGGCAUGGGCUUGCUUUUCUCUGUGUCUUUGAUCACACUGUUUCCAGUGCUUAUUACCACCACCUUUUAUCCACCCCCCUGUCUACUGAGCCUAGCUUUAGAUUUCUUUUAAGAUUUGAUUCCAGUCUCAUCUUUGGGAGCCCUCUGACUGCCAUUUAGCAAGUAUAUAUUUAGAAGUAUGGAAGAGCAUAUGGUAUAUAUCUACUUUAUGCUUUAAAGUGAAAAAAAUGGAUUAAUAAUUGUGUAUAUAGUUCAGUUCUCAUAUAAUGUUUCAUAUACUCUAUACUGUUAAAACAUAGCAGAUAAGUUAUAUGAAGGAAAUAUAAGAAAAUGUAAGUGGUUAAAUGACAUUCACAGCCAUACAGAUAGAUGGUAAACUGCAGAACUUAGGCUCAAACCCAAUCCUAUAGAUUAUAGAAUUAUGGGUGAUUAAAAGUCAUUUUUUAAGUAAUUUCCACAUUUUCUAUAAGGAACAAGAAUUUUAUAAUCAGGAAGAGAAUAAAUUAUUAUAUUUACAUAUUUGGUUUUAUUGUUUAACUAUAAACAGUAUUUUAAAUCUGUAUUUUAAGAUGUGGGCUAUACCCUGCCAUUUCUUUCUCCUUCCCUUUCCACCUCUGCCUCUGCAAUGUAAAGUCUGAUUCUUGAACUCUAUUCUGUAACCAUAGUUAGUCUUUUAUGCUUUGUUUAUUGACUUGUUCUAAAAAUUGAAAAUAAACAGCAUGGAUGUUAUUAUGACCAUAUAAAUAUUGCAGAUCUAAGUAGCUUGCUGUGACUACACACACACACA